AUGCUGACUUUAGAGGACAAGGACAUGAAGGGAUUCACAUGGGCCACAGCCCUGGCCUUCACCUCUGGCUACCUGCUAAUACUGGUGGUCUUUGUCUUCCCCUUUUGGGUGUGGCUGGUGAACGAGGAGUCCCAUGAAGUGUUUUUCAGUGGCCUAUUUGAGAACUGCCUUGCUAUCAAAUGCUGGAAGCCUCGACACUUAUCUAUUUACAUCAUCCUUGGCCACUUUUUCCUGCUGUCUGCAGUCGUCCUGUCUUUCCUCACCACCUUCAGCAUGUGGUCCUUUGUGGCUCAGCUGUUUCCAAGGACCCAGAAGCACAACUUUGUGUUGGCCUUCACCAGGGCCUGUGCUUUCCUGGUCUUGUUGCUGCAUGCCCUGGAGAUCCAGAAUCUGAGGGUGAAGCCCAGCACCCAGUUCUCCGUGCAGUGGCCUUAAUACAUCCUGGGCUUUGACAUCUUUCUGCUCAUAGUGGCUGGUGCCAUCUGCCUCUUUCAAGCAUCAGCCUGCCUUGGCUGCCAUUUGUUGUCCAUUUCCCAGAGUAUUGAGGAGACUGAAGGGAUCCUGCACCUGGUGAAUCUGGAGAGUUUGGGAGGAUAUCUGCACUCAAUACAAAAGGACACUUUGCUGAAGUAAGAAACAAUUAUCUAGUCCAGGAUAGUCUGUCAUCUACCCUUUGUCAAGCUGUGUGAGUGCACGUGUGUGGGUGUAUGGCUCCCCCUUCUCCACCAGUCUCUGCUGCUUCUCAGGAGCUUCUUCAGGGUCAGAUCAACCCUCCACUUCUUCAUA